AUGAAGCUGCUACACCUAGCAUCCACUGCUGCGACCGCAGCAGCCUUGACAGUGUCGAGCGUCUGGGCGAAGCCUCUCGAUGCGGAAUCCCUCGACUACCCGGUCGGUGUGCAGCGAUCCAUCCAGGCCAGGAACGCAGAGCGUCUCUUGGCGCGAGGCAGCACCGCACCUACCUCGCCGCUCUCGGACUACCAGCAAUAUACCUUUCCUGCUCAGCUGGCACAGGCUGCUUACUGUGGCCUACCCGUUGGGACCACGGUGGGCGACGCUACGCUGCUCUGGACGGCCGGCGAUGGGCGUCAGACGCCGAUGGUGUACGUCGCCUACUCGUCCAGCCUCGGUGUCGUGGUCUCGCAUCAGGGCACCAACUCGUCGUCGUUUUCUUCGAUCAUCAACGACGCUGACUUUGCGCAGGAUCCGAUCAACUCGAGGCUGUCCUAUCUCGGCGACGUCGAGGUGCACGGCGGCUUCCAGGACACGUGGCUGCGUACCGCCGACUCGGUGUUGGCGCAAGUCCAGUCGGCGCUCGCUUCGCAUCCUGGUUCGCCCAUCCUGACGGUUGGCCACUCGCUCGGCGCUUCCAUCUCGCUGUUCGAUGCGCUGUACCUCAAGCACCAGCUGCCUUCCAACUCGGUGCGAUCGAUCGUGUUUGGACAGCCGCGAACAGGUGACCAAGCUUUCGCUAAUGCCGUGGAUGCCAACCUGCCAGGGUUCGUGCACAUCAACAACGGACACGAUCCCGUUCCACGUCUUCCUCCGGCGCUCGACUACAAGCAUUCUCAGGGUGAGAUCUGGAUCAACCCUCACAACACCAAUACGGCCGUCACGUGUCCUGGUCAGGAGAACCAGAACUGCAUCGACUCUGUGAGCCCCUUCGACUACGACAUUGACGACCACACGGGCACCUAUUUUGACGUCCACAUUGCUGGCAAGGGCGAGAACUGUCCUCCCACGAUCAACUCGUGA